UCCCGGCCGGGGUCACCGUUCCGCACGCCGGGGUCAGGCCCGCGCACCCGGCCACCGCCCCCUCCCGCGGGAGGAGGGUCGCCGGCCGCCCGCAUGGGCCGCAGUUUGACUCGCCGCACGGUCCCGGGCCUCUGGCCCCGGGCGCGCCCUCCCUCGGCCGGGACCCUGCUGUCCCGCCCCGGGAGCCACGGGCCCUCCCCCGAGGCCGGCGGCCCCUCCUCCAGCUCCAGGCCGCGGGGCUGGGGAUCCCCCGUGUCCAUCUCGGAGACCUCGGGGGCCCGGCCGGAGGGCUCCGCGCCCGAGGGGCCCGCGCCCGCCGCGUCGCCUUCGCGGGAGGCCCCGGCCGACUCGCCGCCCCCGUCCUCGUCCCCCUCCUGGCCCUCCUCGCGGCCGCCGCCCGCGAGCCCGGAGGCGGAUGGGCCGCUGCUGCGCCAGGGCGCGUGGGGCGGGAUGGCGGCCGGCUCGUUGCUGGAGGCCGGCCUGGCCCGGGUGCUCUUCUACCCGACGCUGCUGUACACGGUGGUGCGCGGGACCGUGCCGGGCCGGGCGCGCCGCGACUGGUACAACCGCAUCGACCGCACGGUGCUGCUGGGCGCGCUGCCGCUGCGGAGCCUGACGCACCGGGUGAGCGGCUGGGGCCGGGCCCCGUCGGUGCCGCCGGGGGGGCCGGGCGCCUGUUUGAGCCCCCUCUUUACCUCGGCAGCUGGUGGAGGACGAGAACGUGCGCGGGGUGAUCACCAUGAGCGAGGAGUACGAGACCCGAUUCCUGUGCAACUCCGCCAAGGCUGGCGGACCUGGUCCCAGGAGUGGAGGAAAGUAGGAGUUGAGCAGCUUCGACUCAGCACAAUAGACAUGAUUGGAAUCCCAACCUUGACUAACCUCCAGAAAGGAGUUCAGUUUGCUCUCAAGUACCAGUCCCUGGGCCAGAGUGUCUACGUGCAUUGUAAGGCUGGGCGCUCCCGAAGUGCCACUAUGGUGGCCGCGUACCUGAUUCAGGUGUACAACUGGAGCCCAGAGGAGGCUGUACGCGCCAUCACCAGGAUCCGGUCACACAUCUUUAUCAGACCUGGCCAGUUUGAGAUUCUCAAGGAGUUCCACAAGAUGACUGCAGAGGCAGCAAAGAAGGAGCUGUAUCACCCGCCACAGACAUGAAGCAUGUGGAUUAGAAAGAACUCAAGACAACCCAGCUGGCAAUAGAAUGCAAACACUUAAAGGACCAAUGGGGCUUAAGCCCAGGCAACAUAACGGAAGUGUGCUAAGUAAUGGGUCAUUUUUCUCCCUUUGUCAUGGUUUCGGUUUCCUGAAAUAACACUGCUGUAUGGCUAGAAGGAUUUAGCCUGGCUUUUAUUUGCAGGGGAUGGGGAUGUGGGAUAGGGAUGAGGAUGUCUUAUUUUUUGAAUAAGGUCAAAGAAAUCUAUCGUGCACCUACUACUGCACCUGGUGAUAUUUAGCACCAUAACUCAAAGACAUUUAACACUAGGAAAAAGAAGAAAUAUCAGCUCUGGCUCUUUUCCACUGUCAGAAUCUCAAUUCACUGGCCCCUCACUUUUGGAGCAGCAGUCCUGUGUAUAAAAAAGGAAAUAUGGUAUCCAAUCAGGAUUGUG